AUGAUGAAUCUAAUCCCAUCUCUCUUCCGACCAUCUUCAACUAUCUGCGAGACAGAUUUCUCCGGAAUCGUAGUAUCAGUCGGCAAGAAAGUCCCCGAGAUCGCGUCCUCGAUUAACACUCGCUACUUUCCCCCAGGCUCCGCCAUCUUCGGCUCCCUCCCCGUCUCCAAACACCUCAAAGGAUGUGGAGUCCUGGCUGAGUACGUCGUCGUCGAGAUGGCCUCUGUAGCUCGGAAACCUGAAAAUGUCUCGUUCGCCGAAGCCGCCGGACUGCCUGUUUCGGGCUCAACGGCUCUCACCCUUCUAGACGCCGCGCGACUCCAGCCAGACGAGAAACUGCUUCUGAAUUCUCCGUGUGGAGGAAUCGGACACUUCGUGGCCCAGUUGGUCAAGACACAGGGGGACCACUACAUCGUAGGGAUCUGCUCUAGGAGAUCCGCGCAGCUGGCUCGGGGACUAGGAUGUGACGAGGUGAUAGACUAUCACGCGACAGACGACGGGACCAGCCUGGAAGCAAUUCUAUCGUCCAACUUCCAUGGAGACAACGCAUUCGAUGCGAUCAUUGAUGCGCACGGAUCUCAGCCCCUGUGGCAUUCUGCACCGGGGUUCUUGAAACCUGGCCCCGGCCAUGCAUAUACGUCUGUCGGGCCGGCGUUGAAGUCAUACACCUUCCGCGCUAUGUGCCGUGUGUUGAAGGAUAUGGCUCUUAAUCAGCAUUUGCCGAGGUGGCUGGGUGGUGUAGCGAGAGAGUAUAGGCAGGUUACGUCGAUUGUGGACGUUGAGAAAUUGGAGCGGUUGAGAGGGUUGGCGGAGGAAGGGAAUCUGAAAACGUUUAUUGGAGGAGAGUGGGAUUUUGAGGAUGCUAUUCAGGUAUGUUCCUUCACUUGUUGA